CCACGCUUCUCCCCAUGGCAUCAAUACUCCGGCUACCAUCCCGAUUUUCCAGGGCAAUAUCUCCCUGGCGUUCCUGGGCCCAUCGCCAUGCAUCACCCGUACGCGCGUUCUCUCAAUCAAACUUUCCUCUCCUCGAUCCAGCCGAGAAACUCGAGGAAGAAUCCCUGUCAUGGUACUCGCCGCGAAACUUUUAUCCCGUGAAAAUCGGUGAGGUAUUUCAAUCUCGGUAUCAGGUGGUUGGUAAAUUGGGAUAUGGCGGCUAUUCGACCGUUUGGCUCUGUAGGGACCUCCAGCAGCAUGCUUAUGUUACACUGAAAGUAUUUGAGCGCAAUUCAGCCGAAGGCCAAAGAGAAACAGAAGCCUAUGCCCAUUUGAAUUCCCUUAACAUAGUAGACCAUGCUGGUGCCAAACUCAUCCGUAAAGCAUUGGACACUUUUAUCAUCACAUCCCCAGAUGGCAAUUUCGGGUGCCUUAUUCAUCCGCCCCUGGGCAUGAGGUUAUAUGAUUUUCGCACUCAACUUCGAGCCAAAGUUCUUCCGGAAAAAAUCGUCAAGUUGACUCUGGUGCAUCUUCUUCUUGCACUUGAUUAUCUUCAUACCGAGGCUGGGAUUGUUCAUACGGAUAUUCAAGAAAAGAACAUCAUGAUGGCGAUCGAAGACCCAUCAAUCCUAACCGACUUCGAAGAACAAGAGAAAUCCCAUCCCAGCCCACGAAAAAUCCUCGACGACGAUCGCAUGAUCUAUGCUUCUCGCAAACUGAAGAAAACCAAGCAACAUGGUCGUCCUACGCUAUGCGAUUUCGGUCAGGCUCGCUUCGGAUCGCAUACUUAUUCCGAUGAUAUCCAACCUUGGGUUUACCGUGCUCCGGAGGUGGUUUUGCGAUUACCGUGGAAUGAAAAGGUGGAUGUUUGGAAUGUUGGCGUGCUGACUUGGGAUCUCUUCCAACAAAGCCAUUUAUUCUACGGGAGAGAUCUGAACAGGAAACCUUCUGAUGGACACCAUCUUGCUGAAAUGGUUGGGAUUGUGGGGUUGCCGCCGAGGGAAAUGAUACGGGGGAGUGAAUAUGCGGUGGAGUUUUUUGAUGGUGAAGGAAACUGGAAAGCAGACAUCAAAAUUCCUACUGAAUCAUUGGAGAUGCUGGAAGGGAACUUGUCGGGUGAAUCACAGCAAUUAUUCUUGCGGUUCCUCCGCAAGAUGCUCACAUGGAAGGCUGAGGAAAGAGCCUCGGCUAGGGAAUUGUUGGAUGAUCCUUGGUUGAGGUCUGCUUGA